AUGAUUCCUUGCAACUUUUGUCGUGAGAAUGAGCUUCGCUGUGUAAAGGAUCUAAGUAAUUCUGAGCGAACACGUUGUUCUGAGUGUAUGCGGGCUCGUCGUUCUUGUGAUGCCGAGUUUGCUUUAUCUGAUGACUGGGAUAGAGAGGUUCCUCGCGAAGGUGAUUGGGAAGCUCUUGAUCGACAUGAGGAGAAGUUAGAUCGAGAGGAGGAGGCAACCAUGUCGAAGUUACUCCGUCUGCGAAAACAAAGGAAAUUUAUAAAAGAGCGUCGCAAACGCAUGGCUGAUAGAGGUCUUAAGUACCUGGAUGAGCUUGAUGCUUUGGAAGAGAGAGAGAAAUUGGAGAAUGAACGUGUGGAAAGAGAGAAGGAACAAGCAGGUACUGGUUCGUCAAUGCCUGUUGCGGUUAAUUCGAAUGUGUUGGAUAAUUUCGAUCCUUCUUCUUUCCUGAGUCUCUCAGAACCCUUUUCGUUUCAGAAUUCUUCGGGUCCUUUUUGGGGAGAUCCGGAUAGCGUUGGUGAAAUGCCUCCAACUUCUCAGGGCAGCUAA